CAGAUCUCCUAAGGCUCGUUUUUCGCCAGCGCCUCUACACUAGGCGCUUUGGACCGAGAUCACCGAGAGGUUGUGUGUAGGACACCCACUGCUCUAUAUGGUGAUCAUCUGUGUUGCUUUUGUGGAUGGCAGUUGCAGGAGAUUCUCAGCUUUGAUUUUGAGAUGAUGGGAUUGGGAAACGGGCGUCGCAGCAUGAAGUCUCCGCCCCUUGUCCUGGCUGCCCUGGUGGCUUGUGUUGUCAUCUUGGGCUUCAACUACUGGAUUGCAAGCUCCCGGAGCAUGGAACUACAGACCCGAGUCUUAGAGUUGGAAAACAGGGUCCGCAGGGCGGCCGCAGAGAGAGGUGCUGUGGAGUUGAAAAAGAACGAAUUCCAGGGAGAGCUAGAGAAGCAGCGAGAACAGCUCGACAAGAUCCAGUCUAGCCACAACUUCCAGAUGGAGAGUGUCAACAGGGUAUACCAGGAUGAGAAGGCAGUUUUAGUGAAUAACAUCACCACAGGUGAGAGGCUCAUCAGAGAUCUGCAAGACCAGUUGAAGGCCCUGCAGAAGAGUUACGACAGGCUGCAGCAAGAUGUCAUCCAGUUCCAGAGGAACCAGACCAACCUGGAGAGGAAGUUCUCCUAUGACCUGAGCCAGUGUAUCAACCAGGUGAAAGAGGUGAAGGAGCAGUGUGAAGAGCAGAGAGAAGAGGUCACCAAAAAGAGAAAAGAAGCUGCAGCUUCCAGGGACCUGGGUGAAAAAAACAACCAACAUCAGCAGCUCCAAGUCCUCAGUGAUUCCCAACCCAGACAGCAAGAAGUAGGCCAAACACAAGCCCAAGUGCCACAAGGCAAAGAACAUGCACUUAGCAAUGGCAAAUUUCCAACAUCAACCCCAAGUUCUGAGGUGGUUAUGGAUUUGAAGAGAGGGAAGAAAGAUAAAACCAACAAGAUCCAGGUUCUCAUCGAGGAGCCUGAGAGAGACAGUCUGGGGCUGCCCCAAGAGCCAGGCCAAGGACAGGCUGUAGAAGACAGACUUGGCACAGGAGGCUUUGUGGGAGCUGGCAAACUUGGCCAAACUACUCAAGCACCAGCUGUGCUGCUGACAAGGCCUGCAAAUAAGGAGCCUGAAGAUCCUGAGCGGGAACAGCUGGUUAUCCAAGAUGGGCAGGUGGAGCAGGGCACUUUGGAGGAAGGGAAAAAUGAGCACAAACUGGGAGAUGAUGAGUACAACAUGGAUGAAAAUGAGGCGGAAUCUGAAAGAGACAAGCAGGCCGCCCUUGCAGAGAAUGACAAGAACUCAAAUGUUUUUAAUGCUGAAGAUCAGAAGAGAGAUACCAUAAGUUUACUUGAUCAACAUGAAAAGCAGAAUCAUACACUCUAAAUCAAAACUGGAAUUACAUAUUUCAUGGCAGAACUGAAGAGAAACUACAAAAUAUGAGUAAUUCAGUACUCAUAACUGAAAUUUGCUAUAAAGUGUAUUACUAAAGAUGGAUGUUAUGGAAUCGUAGUAUAUAUUGUAUGUAGGAAAAAAUGGAUCUGUCAGAUAUGUUUUUGUAAUAUGCCAGUAAUAAGAUAUGAAAAUUGGUGAAACUUUUUUGGCUAAUAGGUAGUUUUUCCAAUAAUGGUGGUGAGAGACUACCACUUCUUUAUUUUGGUAUACACUAUAUAGGGGGAGGGAAGAGCAGCCUACAACAGAACUCCUCUGAUACAAAGGAGAAAUUGGCUACGCAGAGAACUGUAUGGGUUUCCUCUGGUGUCCUCCACAUUGCAAGAAUUUUAAAGAGAGACUAUUUGCAUAAUAUUUUGUAACUCUUAUUGUACCAAACAAGUAAAUGACAUGUAAACAUUUGUGGUUUUUACUAUGCUUCAUAUUCAUGAGCAAAAGUGAAGUUAUCUUGGUCUCUGCUAUUAAAAUGACUGGCUUUCAGACUUCUAACAUAAGGGGCUGGUUCCAGGCA